CGCGCAUUUUCUGCGCGUAUCCGUGCGGACACUACAAUUUUAAGAAUUACAAAGAGAAUCUCCGAAACCGGGAAAAUUCACCAUCAUUGUGCUUACUUCUACAGCUUUUCAGAAUGUGAAGAACAUGAGGCAAAUGUAGCAGCGGUGAUCUGAUGAUCUUCCUUGGCCACUGUUCCGACCCUCUAGAAUGUUCCUGAAGAGCGUGCCUCCAGCGGUGGCAAUUCACUCAGACUGGAGGAGUGUUGGGAGUGUUAGCAGUGUCGGAGGUGGCGCCCCCCAGAGCCUGGGCCUGCCACUGUGCUUCAAUGACUCAGACAGCAGCCUGUCAGGUAGCGGCACGCCCAUCAGCCACAAGGUCCAGAUGAUCAUCGAGACCCUACGGACCACCCAGUCCUCCGUCGAAAUGAACGACGGGGGUCCAACGGAAGGGACAGGGUCUGCACACUCUAGCCGGGAGUCCUUACGGCCACAGGGACGCAACAUGAAGACAGGGCCCAGUGGUUCCAGAAGUGGGGCAGUGGUGGACUGCAGACCACCUUUGUUACAUCCGAACACGAAUCCAAAGAGUCAAGAUUCAGACUCUGACAGUGACAGUUCAGUUGAUCGUGGGAUUGAGGAGGCCAUCCAGGAGUACCUGAAGGAGAGGGUGGACCACAAGCGCAAGGCAGAACCAUCUCCUAACCCAGUCAGCACCAGCCCAGCAGCCAAACUCCCAUGCCGAGAGACUGUGGUCACGGCAGAUAACCUACGUCCACAAUCGUGCUCCGACAGUAACAAGGUGCUCACAGCCAGCAAUCAUAUUCUCAAGAAUUCUAAAGGAGGUGUUAGCCCAUUAGCAAAUAUAAAGAAGAAGCUCAAGAAGAAGAGGCUAAGCAAGGAGAACCCUGUAAAGAAACCAGCUGUGACCAUGCUAUCAUUUUUUAAGAAACUGCCAUCACAUGACCAAAGAGGAGCGUCCUCCACCCUCCCCCACCAAGACAAAGCGCAGCCCUCCCUGGUUGUCAAAGCAGAGGAGCCCCUAGAGGCCAGUAGCAGUAGUGAUGAUGGCAUUGAGGAGGAGAUCCAGCGCUACCAGCAGCAGAAGAACCAGGAGCGGCUUCAGCUGACCACACCACAGAUAAAGAAGGAGGAUUCUGACUCCAGCAGUGAUGAUGGCAUAGAAGAAGCCAUCCGCCGCUUCCAGCAGGAGAAAGAACAGAAUGAGAUAAUUCACCAGAAGACAAAUAAGAGCGUGGUUAAACAGUCGCCGCUCAAAAACGCUCCCCCAGUUGGCAAGGUGGGUCUCCUCAGCACAGACAAAAUGGAAAUUAUGUCAGGCAAAAAGGCCUCAAAACCUACAAAUCCUGGACCCACAAAGAAGAAAAGGAAAGAGAAACCUGGGACGGAGGGGAAGUCGCCCAUGACUGGCUUCUCCCCUGACAGACCUGCAUCUCUAGGCAGUCCCUCCUCAGACAGUUUAAAUGGCAGAGGGCAUGUUGUUUCCCCCAGCAGACCAGAGCCUACACCAGUGCCUUUGCUAAAGGUCAACACAACAGCUGAACUCAUGUGUGCUGAAGCCAUCUUAGACAUCUCCAAGGCUGUGAUGCCCAUGACCUUUGACCCUAGUCCACACCCCCUGGAGCACACACUCCUUGUGGCCUCCACAGGCCCCCCAAUAUCCUCUAAGGAUCUAAGUGAUGCAGAGAGCUCUGUGGACAGUGAGGAUGGGAUUGAGUUGGAAAUCCGGAAGUUUCUGGAGGAGAAAGCCCAAAUGCAGAAAGAGACGCCAGCUGCACCAGUCACAGCCCAAGAACCACCCAAAACAACAUUUAGACCUAGGCUUCCAACUGAAUCAGAGAAGGGGGAUCAAAGUGAUGGAAAGAGUAGUUCAUUCGACAGCGACGAGGAUCUGGAUGCCGCCAUCAAAGACCUACUUAAAACAAAGAAGAGGGUAAAAAGAAAGUCAAGAAAACCCCUUACAAAACCAGCAGGCAACUCCCCCACCACACACCCAUCCAAAAAACCCAAACUCCCUUCUGAUCCCAUUGUUAAGACUGCCAAACCCAGCCUUUCUAAGGGAGUAAAAAAGAAAAUCAGUCAGGUAAAAAACAAGAAGCCCCACAAGGCUGUUAAGAGCUCUCCAGACGUAAAGUUGGAGAAGAACGGUAAAGCUCUAGGUCAGCAGGCCAAACCAGACAUAGCUGAGGGUGGCAGUGCAGGAAUUGAUAUUCCAGACUGUCUAGCUGUCAACAAGGAGGAAGAAGACAGUAGCUCAGUUGACAGUGAUGACAGCAUUGAGAUUGAGAUCCGCAAGUUUCUAGCAGAGAAAGCUAAGGGAGGAGGUGGCAACACCAGCAUGACCACUGCCACCGUAAAGACGGAGGAUGUGGAGCCAGAGAGAAGGCUUGAGGACCAGAACCUCAAAGAGGACACCUCCCCUCCUAGGGCCAUCAAGUUGGAAGAUCAGCAGGCUGAAAUUCCUCUAGACUUGGGAAUGCCAUGCUUAGAUGCACAAUUAGAGAGCACUAGGGAUAGCCAGGCAACGGUGGGAAGCCCUGCCCGGGAUGGACUCUCUCACACCCCACCGACAACCUGUAAGGGAGAAAGGAAGAGGAGCUUCGAGGAGAGACACUCACCCAACAUUGUCUCCCCUCCUGGAGACAAGUCUCACUUGUACCCUAACUGUGACACACCCAGUAGCAAACCACACACCCUUACACACACACCCAGCAGACCACACAGUGUCAGACACUCUCCCAACAGAACACAAACAACCAGCAGCCCAAAUGAGAUUCCUCCCUCUCAGACAACCCCCUGCCCAGAACGCACUAGUAACCCCACUGCAACCAGUCUCCCUCGACUCAGUCAGAGCAGCCGUCCAAGUGCGGUGGACUCAUGUGGUAGGAACACUGUUUUCUCGACGUCUUUACCUGUGGUCACCUUUUAUCGAAGUUCAACGGAGACCCCGGUUAGCAGAGACAGCCAAGCACCCCGUGUUAGCCCUGGCCGUCAUUUGCAGGCAAGUGGGAAACGUGGACGAUGGGACCAGCCCCCACCAUCUCAAACCCAACAGCCCUGUGGAAGCACCUUGCAGAAGUACCAGGAGGCCUUGCUGGGACAGUCAGCCCAGCAAGCCAGCCACUCACAGGCUGGAGGUAGACAGGAGAGAGAGGGAAAGGAGGAGAGAGAGAGAAAAGAGGAGAGAGAGAGAAAAGGACAGACUGAAAUGAGAGAGGUGAAGCAGAAGGAAGAGGCAGAGUGCAUAGAUGAAACAGAUCUGGAUUCAGAGGAGGAGAGGAGACAUGGAGAGAGGCAGAGGCAGAGGGAGGGUAGACAGCAGAGGUUCCCCAGUGUGUGAGUACAGCCCCUUCCCUUUCCAUGACCUUUCACCUUUUUUGUAUAUUAGCUCUCACAAGGUGAUCAGGUGCAGUGGAUCUUCCACUGCUUGCGUUAAUUCCACAUAUUUUAUAUAUGGCGAGGCACCAAGGGAUCUUAGCUUAGUGGGAGUGAGUUCAAGUAUGGUUGUAGAAAAGUUUUUGUUUUCUUUUUAAAUGUGUUUGUACAUUUAUAAAUAUAUUUAAAUGCACAUAAUAUGCCAUCAAGAGGAAGAGAUUGACCUUUUUUUCAUUUGUGUGUUUAAACUCAAUGUAUUCCUUUUUGUUUUGAAUUUUUGUUUUUACUCCGACAGAAAGAGGUUUCCUCAACAGACUUUAAGAAGUCCGAUUUUCGUUCUGUAAUAAGGAUUAAGAGUAUUACCCAAACAAAAUUGAUUGGGAUUAUCUCUUACCUAAAAAUACUAACAACUGUAUGCUAAAGGAGGUCCGUUCAAUGGUCGAACUGAGGUUCUCAGUCUGAAACAGGAUAGUUUGAAAUAUUUCUCUAAAGUCAGCGCACAAGUGGUUAUAUCGAAUAGUGCACAGCUCUGAACACAUACUCAAAACAAACACAGUAUCACACAUUCACAGUGUAAGUCUCUGCAACAAAUUUAAGUGUAAAAGUUUAAGCCACAACAUUCAAUAGAACAACUGGCAAAAAUGGUGUCAUUAAGGAGCAGCUGGUGUGGGUGAAUGUGUGUAUGAAACGUUUGAGGAACUGAGAAGGACUAUUUUCAUCUGAUGAGGUACUGAAAAGAACUACCCUCUUUCUGUAGGAACAUAUCACCUUAAGGGCCUCUAUCUUUUUUUUAACCACAUUCUUUCAUUUCCAUUCUGUGUGUGUGUGUGUGUAUGUGUAUGUGUGUGUGUGUGGUGUCUGUCUGUCUGUCUGUCUGUCUACAUCUGUCUUAUUGUCACCUGGGAGAACGUACAUAUCACAUCACAUAUUCUCACAAAGCUUUUUUGCCAGAGAGCAAGGGCAUGGGUCAUGUAUGUGUGGAGGAAGGCAGGCUGGAGCUGUCACGCAUUCAGAAAGGACACCAAGCCCAGCAAAUGUGGUUACUAUGGUUACUAGAGGGUAAAAGUAGGUCUACAUAUAUCAUCCAGAAGGGGUCUUGCACUCAUUUAAUGAAAAAAACUCUGUCAUCCAUCUCUUCAUCAUCAAUUUGCUCUCCUUUCCUGUCCACUCGGCUUGUGCCCAUGUCUUUCACCCAAAACAACCUUAAUUUUUCUCUUCUUUGAACUCCUCUUAUCUUCAUCUCAUCUUCUGUGUUGUCUCUGCCUCACUGGGUUUGUUGGCUAAAGGUCUACUCCAGGAUUUAGCUAAAUUAUAUUUUAAUUCACAAAAGGUUAUCAUUGACACUACUUCUUUCUUUCUUAAUUUUUUUAUCUGAUUUGAAUCACAUUGAUUAAGAUAAAUUGGAUAAAAUUUAUGGCGUAUGUCUGUUCCUGAGGAAGCCUUUGCCCCUCCCAGCUAGCUCCCUGCUGCAGGUGAAGCGCACAGAUGUGUAAAAGGGACUUCCCCUUCAAAAGCAAAGGACCUCUCCAUCUUCUUGUGGUUUCCAUAUGCUCUUUCUUUCUCUGUUGCACACACACAAACAAUUCCAAUUUCACAAGUGUGAAGUUCAGGUUAGGUGGUUCCUCUCUGUUCUGUUUUUUUUUUUUUUUUUUUGCUUGUGGUAAGAACUCAGCAUUUUCUCCUGGAUUUCAGAUGUGAAAAGAAUGUUAUUUAUUUUUGUUUAUAGACUUAAAGAAAGGAUAAAAAAGACAUACUGACUAUGCUGUGCAUCGCCAGUUUUCAUAAAUAUUUUGCAAAACUGAUGCUUUUUCCCUUUUUCCCGGUGGAAAGGAGGGUGGCAUUCUGACUGGAUCUUUACAAGUGCUACAGUGUAAUAAAUAAUGACUCUGAA